AUGGGUCGUACAAAGGGUUCCGAAGCAGGCAAUUUGUCGGUGACAAAGCGUGGCAUGAAAAAUGGCAAAGAUCGUGGAGUUGCUGUAAUUGCAAAAAGUGGCUUUGAUGGACCGUUGAAUGCUCCAUGGCGUAAAACGGUAUCUAUCUUCAAGCAACCUGUUACGUUGGUGCAUACGACAAGUCGUGAAACGAAGAAUCCAACUAAUGAACAGUUACGACGUGUUUGUGCAUCCAGUAACCUGAAAAAUAAGGUUGAUAAGCCACGACAGUUGUAUUGGGCUAAAUCUCUGGAAAAUCUGUGUGCAAUGGUACCAGUUUGUAAUGCCGACCGUAUAACGAUUGAUGACAAUGAGCAUAUUUCUCAUAAAUUGGAUUUAGCGGGUAAAAUGGAGCCGGCUUUAGGAAUUAUUGGUACUGAUGGCUCGGCAGCAUCGUUAUGCUCUGCGCUGCAUGGAUUUGGCGCAUCAGUUAUUACUGGACAAACUGCUACUAAAAAGCAACUCGAAUCAAGUCCAUCAGUCAGUACAAAUGUUGAUCAGCCAUUUAUUCAAGCCAUGUCAGUCAGUGAACAAGACAUCCAGCAGCAAGAGCGACGUGUCUUGGAUAUGCGUAAAAGAUUGCAGGAAGCCCGUAAGCAUUUUCACAUGUAA